AUGACGUUUCCUUUCAGGAUUGUUGAACACAUCAUACCCGGACAGCACAUCCGAGAACAUCCACAUGCGCUAAAAGGACGCCAGGAAGCUGCUUUGAAGCUUGCGAUCAAGCAGUAUAUUCCGCUAGAUCAGACAGAUCCUAUUCCCGAAAAUGCCGUGACAAUCAUCGGGGCGCAGGGAAAUGGAUUUCCAAAGGAGGUAUAUGAGCCGCUGUGGGAGGAUCUCUACGCCCAACUCAACAAGCGGUCGAUUCCGGUGCGCAGCAUUUGGAUCGCCGAUAUCUCCAAUCAAGGCGCAAGUGGUGUUCUGAAUGAACAUGUCCAGGGAGAUAAUACACCAUGGCAUGAUCAUUCCCGGGAUCUCUUGCAUAUGGUCAACCACUUCCGCGACGAUAUUACUCGUCCUAUUAUUGGAGUCGCUCAUAGUAUGGGAUGCGCACAGCUCGUCCAUUUAUCCAUCCUUCAUCCCCGUCUUCUUUCAACACUUAUUCUCUAUGAGCCCGUCAUCUUCGGGGAGCCAUUCGGAGGCCCGAACCCAGCGGUUACGGCAGUGCUGCGUCGAGACCUAUGGCCUUCACGAGAAAAGGCCGAAAUGCAGCUCAGGAGAGGCUUCGCCAGGUGCGAUCCCCGAGUGCUGGACCGCUACCUUCGCUUCGGUCUGCGCUCUGUGCCGACGCGCCUCUACAACCCCGAGAACGACCCUAAUAUCCCCAAGACAGCCGUUACACUUACGACCAGCAAGCAUCAAGAGGCCUGGGCUUACACCAUUCCCAAUCUCGAACCCGAAUCAGCAGGGCUGAACGACCUCCUGCUUCCCGAUUGGGAUCCAGUCCUUGAGCGCCCUGCUCCAUUCUCCCGGCCAGAAGCUUGGGCGGCUUUUCGGAAUCUGCCCUUUGUGCGGCCAAGUGUAUUAUGGGUAUUUGGUGGUCGGAGUUGGCUUUCUCCGCCCGUUGCUCAAGAUUCCAAGCUACGAGCCACCGGGACUGGCAUUGGGGGAAGUGGAGGCGUGAGUAAGGGGAUGGUGGAUAAGGCUGUUUCACCAAAGGCGACACACCUUGUUGCUUUUGAAGAAGUGGAUUGGUGUGCGCAAGUCGCGGCAACGUGGAUAGAGAAGUGGUUUGCGCGAUAUUUGAAGGAGGAAGAGUUCUGGCGAACGUACCAGAGCAAGAAAUCGGACCCGGAGAUGCUCAGGAAUUCCGAGGCCAGUAUCCGGGUUGCCAAGGUGGUAAUAGGGUCCCGUGGGGGUGUCGCCAAGGGAAAGCUGUAA